AUGAACCUUGGCGACAAUGAGUCACGGGUCGCUCAGUUUCAUGACCACAUUCGAGCAGCAAUAGCAGACGCAGUAGCAAACGAAAGGGCUAUAAGAGCAGAAGUGGUAGCAAACGAAAGGGCCGCAAACGAAACCAGAAUUCGAGUAUUACAAGAAGAAUUAGAAAGACUAAGGAGCAAUUUUGAAGUAACGCAGCAGGCAAAAGAAGACGCGUAUCGAGCAUUCUGGCAAGAGACAAUAAGAAAACUUGAAGAAACCAGAAAAGAAACGCCAUUAAACGACAAAGUUGGGGACGGCAAAUUAAAAAUAAAAGAACCACCAACAUUCGCGGGAGGAGUAGACACACUUAAAAUUAUAGUAUGGGUUGACCAAUUGAAUGCCUAUUUCAAGUACGUAAGAGACACUGAGGAAAGGAAAACCGAAUACGCGGCUGGACUACUCACGGGACACGCCCGAUACUGGUACGUACAAUACAGGAAAACGCAAGGAGAAUACACACCACCGUGGGAAGAGUUCGAACAGGAAUUAAUAAAUACUUUCGGUAAUCAGGCAAAAGAAGACGCGUAUCGAGCAUUCUGGCAAGAGACAAUAAGAAAACUUGAAGAAACCAGAAAAGAAACGCCAUUAAACGACAAAGUUGGGGACGGCAAAUUAAAAAUAAAAGAACCACCAACAUUCGCGGGAGGAGUAGACACACUUAAAAUUAUAGUAUGGGUUGACCAAUUGAAUGCCUAUUUCAAGUACGUAAGAGACACUGAGGAAAGGAAAACCGAAUACGCGGCUGGACUACUCACGGGACACGCCCGAUACUGGUACGUACAAUACAGGAAAACGCAAGGAGAAUACACACCACCGUGGGAAGAGUUCGAACAGGAAUUAAUAAAUACUUUCGGUAAUCAGGUGGAACAGCGGAACCUUUGUAAACGUCUGACUCUUUGUGAUGUGAAAACUUGCACAAAGGGUGAGAGACGUUGA